UAUGCCACGAGCUUUUCUGGUAAAGAAACACGUACUAAUGAGCUAUGAACAACAUGGAACGUUUUUCUGGGGGAAAGCUUCUGACUUUCCUUUCCCAAUCGAGGAAAGUGCACUUCAGUCGGUUGCAGUAAACAUAGAACAAAGAAGAAGAUUUGCAGAAUGGAGCUCAAGUCAGUGGGAUGGGAUUUUCCCAGCAUCACCUACGUCAUCAGUUUCGGGUCCAACGUCAUCUCCGGUGCGCUGUGACGCUAUGAAGACGGGCACGACGUCAUACUUAACGGAGAACAAUGCUGAUGCCAAUUUACAAGCGGGCGAAAUGAGAAAGUGGCAGACCUCUUGUACGGAGAGUCCCAAGUCGACGGACAAAUUAAACGUCCAUUUGAGGUGUAAUGAUUCAGAGACUGGUCCCAAGAGCGCCUUCAAGCCGAUCGUGCGACCGUGGCUAAUCGAGUCGACACGUGACAGGCGGACCUCGGGGAUCCAGACAAAUGUUCCGCCGCCACCCCCGCCGUCGUCACAGCGCUGGUAUGGGAGUUCCGCCCAGGAUUCCUUCGUCCCUCUCCCUUAUCUGCCCCUGUCGUCCACCAAGGACCUCAUUCUCGACGGGAUGUCCGCUCUGGACGCCAUUACUCUUCUCCGACAGCGCAGCUCCAUCUACCAGACGUCACUUUUCCCGCCAAAACCGCAAAUCUUCCAGAACAGUAUUUCCAACUGGCUGACGUGUUUGAAAAACAAUUCUGGUCUAGAAUGUGAAACGAAUUCUUUGCCUGAUCAGGGGAGGAAGCUGCAAGUACCAGCCCCACCCCACCAUCCGCACCCGCCCCGAUACCAGUGCGAGGCGUGUAACAAAAGCUAUUCCACUUUCGGAGGUCUGUCCAAACACAAACAGUUCCACUGCGCGUCACAGGUGAAGAAGGAAUUUAAAUGCAAGUUCUGUGACAAAUCCUAUUCGUCCCUGGGGGCCAUGAAAAUGCAUAUCCGGACCCACACGCUUCCCUGCAAGUGCAAACUCUGUGGCAAGUCUUUCUCCCGCCCCUGGUUGCUUCAAGGUCACAUCCGCACCCACACCGGGGAAAAACCGUUCAUAUGUCCGCACUGCGGGCGAGCGUUCGCGGACCGGUCUAAUCUGCGCGCGCAUCUCCAGACCCACACGGACGUCAAGAAGUACGGGUGUAAAAGAUGUACGAAAACUUUCUCCAGGAUGUCUCUACUCCUGAAACACGAGGACGGGAGUUGCACAAGUCUCGCGAGAUGAUGACGUCGUAUCGCUGUUUGUGUAUAAACUGACUUUCAAAAAAAAAUGACGUAACGUGAGUUGUACAAGACUCGCGAGAUGAUGACGUAAAAACUAGUUGUACAGGACUCGCGAGAUGAUGACGUCAUGUCAUUGUUUGUGUACAAACUGACUUUCAAAAGAUGAUGACGUAAUGGGAGUUGUACAAGUCUCGCGAGAUAAUGACGUCAUGUUUGUGUACAACUAAUUGUCAAAAGAUAAAAUUUGUGUUCAGUGAUUGGGACCAACAUGACAGUAAAAAACAAAGACAUAUCAACAGUAUUAACAAAAUCUAUUAAAUAAUGGUUAUGUGUUGAUGUGGAUAAUUUAAAUAAAUUAUAUUAUAAUGAAAACAAAUUGUUUCACUGUUGUACUGUAUACUAUUAAAUAGUAAACAUGUUAAUGGUUAAAUUUUAUAUCGUAUUAUAAAAUUUAAAUUAGCUAUAGAAAAUUAAAUAAUUAAACAAAAUAGUUCGUAUAGGACAUUCAGUUAUCUCUCAAAAUGUUUUGGGUACAAACGGUGUCUUGUAUUCAAGGAAAGUACACAUCGCUUGA